AUGUCGAUCACGGGCUACAUGAGCCGCCUGCCGCCGCCCCCGGAGCCGGCCCAGCUGGCCGCCGUCGUGAAGGCGCUCAAGGGCUCCAAGAAGCCGGUGAUCUACCUCGGCGGCGGCACCCUGGACGCCUCCCCCGAGGUCCGCGAGUUUGUGUCUCGCACCGGCAUCCCCGUGGUGUCAACCCUCAUGGGCCUGGGCUCCUUCCCGAGCACCGACCCCCUGGCGCUGCAGAUGCUGGGCAUGCACGGCACGGUUUACGCCAACUACUCGGUUGACCAGGCUGACCUCCUGAUUGCCCUGGGCGUGCGCUUUGACGACCGCGUCACCGGCAAGCUGGAGGUGAGGGGCCAGCAGGGGCAGCUGCUUGGGGCGGCUGCGUAUGGCAGCUCCUUGGGGCGGCGGCUGCACCGCGUUGGGGGCGGGGCGCUGCUCGUGGAAGCGCGGCGGGCCGGGCCGUCGUUUGCCACCCGGUCGCGCAUCAUCCACAUCGACAUCGACCCCGCGGAAAUCCAUAAGAACAAGACAGCCCACAUCCCCAUCUGCAGCGAUGUGAAGCCUGCGCUGCGCCUGCUGAACCGCCUGCUGGAGGCUGACCCUGUCGACAAGGAGCAGUACGCGCCCUGGGUGCAGCUCAGGGCGCGUCUGUCAACACGCGGUCGCCACAGCCGCCCUUGA